AUGAACAACCUCAAUGACCUUUUUGCGCAGAUUGUAUCAUGUAAUGAUAAAUUGGAAUUGCACAAGAUCCAAACUGAGCUUGAGGAUGUGACCAAGAAAACAACAGAACCAGAUCAACCUGCCUAUAUUCAGAAACUAGCUACAGAUAAACUUAAAAUAUUGAAUAAUCUUCUACAAUCAAAACAAAACCAGCUAAGCAAAAAAAGAUUUGAAUUCAAGGGAGAGCCGGUACCACCUAUAUCAAACUCAUUGGUGGUUAAUGACCAGACAGUUCCUGACACAUCCAAAUCAAUUCAAAAAGUUGAUAAUCAGAUUUUUGAAAUAUCACUGAAUGAGCAUAUGGUAGUUGAUUGUUUUAGCAAUUCUUACUUACAAACUACAAAUGAGAUACCAUCCAUCCAUCUUAAAAGUGGUAAUAGAUCCAUAUGCAAGUUAACAGUCCAAGGUCCAGUGUUUAUUCAUGAUGUUGAAAAUAGUAUACUAAUUUUAUCAUGUCACCAAGCAAGACUACACAAUAUUCACAACUCAUUAGUGGUUAUGGAAUCUGUGCAGAAUAAUCGAAUUAUUAUUGAAAACUGCAAUCAAAUAAAAGUCAAUUCUGGAUUUGAAAUUGACGAUUUCAAUUUUCCGACGAAGGAAAUAAAAAAUCCCCAUUUUGAAGUUUUAAUGAGAGAGAAAUCAAAUGAAGUGUUGGCUGCAGUGGGAAGAAUUGCACAAACAGGCGAUAUUGAAACCGUUAUCAAUAAGUACAUUGAAAACUGA